AUGUUUGGGCCGGUUAAGCGCCUUACCCGAAGGCGUGGCACAUACUUUGCCGCAGCUGCCGCCACCGCGGCAGCAUUAUCUUUGGCUACGAGCGAGCGUAGCGCCGAGGCGGAAGGCACUGCAGAACGGACGGCAUGGCGCGGCGUCCACGGCACCGCUGCAUGUGCCGGGCAUACGCACCUUUCGGCGGCUCUGCCGACCGAGAAAUUGAGCUGUAAGAUGCACUCCAUGCCGCCGCGAACCCCCCUGGUGUUGGUUUGCUGCGGAAGCUUUAACCCCCCUACUAUCAUGCAUAUGCGGAUGGUGGACCUGGCUGGCGAUGAGCUGAUGCGACGCGGCUACGACGUCUGGGCCGCAUACUUGUCACCGGUCGCUGAUGCGUACGGCAAGGCGGGCCUAGCGCCCGCCGCAGAUCGCGUUGCGAUGUGCCGCCUGGCAGCAGAAGCCGAAUCAGCCAGCGGCCAGGUGUACGAUAGCGCAGCUUUGGGUCCGCAUGCUCACGCUCACGCCACGCGGCAUCAUACGAUGAACCUUACAAUGGUCUACGACUGGGAAGCACGCCAGCCCGGUUACACGCGGACCCUUGCUGUGCUGCGGCGCCCGCACCUGCCGCCGGUGCGAGCAAUGCUGCUGUGCGGUGGCGACGUCCUGGCAUCCAUGGCCGUGCCGGGAGUCUGGCGCGAUCCGGACGUCAUUCUUCGGGAGCAUGGCGUGGUGUGCGUGGCGCGCGAAGGCACGGAUUUGGAAAAACUUCUCAGCCAACCGGGAAACGUAUUGCACGACUAUCGGGAACGUAUUCUGGUUGUAUACGACAGGGUGGGCAACUCAAUUAGCUCGUCUAAAGUGCGUGAGGAGCUGGCCGCCGGUCGACCAGUUCGCUACCUAGUUCCGCAGAGCGUGUUGUCUUACAUUUACGAGAAGGGAUUGUACGGCACUGGCAAGAACGUGGACAACUAG